UCCAACUGCGGAGGUGGGUGGCCGCGCAUCUUUCUGGCAGCAUCCCCCGGGAGCGCGCGUCCGGGGGGAGGGGGGUUCGCGUGCACGAAAGCAGUUGCCGCCGGGUUCAGCAGGUUUAUACCGGUCCAAAGCGAAUUGGAAAACAAAACCCGGAUCGUACUGUGGUUCCACCUUAAGAUGGAGUUGAUGAAGAGUAAAGACAAGACAACAAUGGAUGGAGACGAGGUUUAAGCAAUAGCAGAAGACACAUUCAUCCAGAUUCAUAAGAACAUGGGAGUUUUCUCUAUGAUGGCAUUCUUCACUGCCGCAUUCAUCAGUGGAUUUCUUUAUUUCAACAUUGACUUCAGUACAGCUCCUGCUGGUGCCUCUUCAGAAAAGCCAAAUUUCAUCAUAAUCCUGGCUGAUGACAUUGGAUGGGGUGAUCUUGGUGCAAACUGGCCAUUGACUACUGAGACACCAAAUUUGGAUAUGAUGGCAAAGGAGGGAAUGAGAUUUGAGGACUUCCAUGCAGCUGCCUCUACUUGUUCUCCAUCUCGGGCUUCUCUGCUGACAGGGCGCCUGGGGCUACGGAAUGGCGUUACCCAUAAUUUUGCUAUAAGCUCAGUCGCUGGCUUGCCGCUGAAUGAAACCACACUGGCAGAAGUUCUAAAGGAAGCCAAUUAUUCGACAGCAGUAAUUGGUAAAUGGCAUCUUGGACAUCAUGGUUAUUACCAUCCAAAUUUUCGUGGCUUUGACUACUAUUUUGGAAUACCUUACAGUAAUGAUAUGGGUUGCACUGAUGAUCCUGGGUACAACAUUCCUCCAUGCCUACCUUGUCCAAGGGAUUCUGAUGUACAAAGCUGUGGACGCAACACGUGUAUUACAGAUGUAGCAGUGCCACUCCUUGAAAACCAAAAGAUAAUAGAACAACCAGUCAAUCUCAGCAGCCUGGCAGAGAGAUAUGCAGAGAAAGCUGUACAAUUCAUCCAGAAAGCAAGGGAGAGUUUACAUCCAUUCUUCUUGUACUUUGCCCCGGCCCACAUGCAUGUUCCUUUACAGUAUAAUUCUCGAUUUGCUAACACUUCCAAACGUGGGCCAUAUGGAGACAGUCUGCGAGAGUUGGACCAUGUCAUUGGGCGGAUACUGGAAGCAGUUAAUACAGAUUUUCGCAAAAACACACUUGUGUGGUUUGCUGGUGACAAUGGUCCAUGGACUGAGAAAUGUGAAUUUUCUGGAAGUGCAGGUCCAUUUGUGGGAGCAUGGCAGACAAACAAAGGUGGAAGUUCAACAAAAAAGACAACAUGGGAAGGUGGCCAUCGAGUGCCAGCAAUAGCAUAUUGGCCAGGAAAAAUCCCAGCUAAUAGUACAAGUGACUCACUGCUCAGUGCUCUAGAUAUAUUUUCUACCCUGAUUUCACUGGCAAAUGCAAGCCUGCCUCUAAACAGACGUUAUGAUAGUUUGGAUAUAACACAGGUGCUACUUGGCCAGUCAGACUGUGGUCAUCAGGCUCUUUUCCACCCAAACAGUGGAGCAGCUGGACAAUUUGGGGAUUUGAAGACUAUCCGUCUGAAGCAGUACAAAGCUUUCUACCUCACAGGUGGUGCCAAAGCUUGUAAAGGUAAACAAGGUCCAGAACAAUACCAUGACCCUCCUCUGAUAUUCAACCUAUUGAAUGAUACUGCUGAACUCCUACCUCUAGAUUCUGCAAGUCUGGAAUACCGUACUGUGUUGCCACAGAUAAAUGUGACACUGAAUGACAUCCUCUUGGACAUCUCUACAGAUAACAUCUCCUUGGCUGAUUAUUCGCAUGAUCCAUCUGUGAUUCUAUGCUGUCAACCAAAGCAUGUAGUGUGUAGGUGUGAGAACAAGGCCUGAAUCCCAUUUCUUUAUUUUAUGAUUUGGAGAUGCCGGUGUUGGACUGGGGUGUACAAAGUUAAAAAUCACACAACACCAGGUUA